ACAACCCGUUGUUCUGCCGGCAGCUGCUGACAGUGACAUCACUCUUCCUCUUUCUGCCUCUGCAGAUUCAUUUCAAUUGCCGUUUCGGCGCUGCUGGGAUCCCAUCGCGCCUCUUGGGCCGAGCCGCCGCCGUGCGCCUCCUGCGCACUUACCUGGAACUGCCGAGCCCCCGGGAGCGGGUGACUGACAGCGUACUCAGGAGCGGACGAUGGUCGGGAAGUCUCUCUUGCUCCUGUCCCUUCUCCAAGGGGUGCUGUCGGGCAAAUGGACCAUGAGGGCCCUCCCUCAUCGCGCCAUCAGCAAGUCUUGCGUGGUGAUCCCCUGCUCCUUCGACUUCCCCUCGAACCCUUACCUGUCCAUCCACGGGGCCUGGUUCAAGUACUGGUACUCCUGGAAGUACACUGUCUAUUACACAAAAGACCCCGGCUACAGGAUGUCCGAAUUUAUAGGGCGAGCUGAGAUUGUGGGAAACCUGAGCAAGAAGGACUGCUCGCUGAGGAUCAAUAACCUCAGACCCAAGGACAGUGACGUCUACUACUUCUACGUGGAACUGGAAGGGUUCAACUCUCACACCUAUGAACCACCUGUCCAACUCCAGGUUCUUGAGGUUCCUGACAAACCAGAGAUCCUGCUGCCGGACACUCUAACUGAAGGCACCCCGGUGAAUAUCAUCUGCAAAGCUCUCUAUACUUGCCCUGACCACCGUCCCUCUCUAACCUGGAGUAAGCUGGCCAAUUCCACCUUCAGCGAGCUUGGGGAGCAGGCAAGCAGGGAGAUCUCCACUGUGCUGACCUUCACUCCGUCCAUUGCUCACCACGGGCAAACCAUUCGCUGUACAGUGGACUAUUUUGAGACGAGUCAUCGACUGGAGAGCUCCAUCAUCCUGAACGUGAGAUAUCCCCCCAAGAAGACCAUGGCACGGAUGUCUUUACGUGGAAUUGGCGCUAUAUCUCUGAGUUGUUCCAGCGAGGCCAACCCCAGCGCCAUUGGCUUCUCCUGGUUCAAGGUCUCUGGCACAGAGGAGACUGACCUGGAACUGGACAAUGAAACCAUUACUGUUGGCCUUGCCACCAGGAAGGAAGCCGUCUCCUACUACUGCAGGGCAACAAAUAUUGUCGGGAGCUCUCGGUCCCCGUCCGUCCAAAUCCCAAUGCAAAAUGAAGCCAUCAUCCUUCCCUCCUCGAGCUGCACCAGAUAUCCCACCAACGUGACCUGCUUCUGCAUGAUACAGUCCAUCUCCCCGGUGAACACAACCUGGGGACUCCUGGGCCAGAUGCUGGAGACGAAGGGUGCUCGUGCCGGCUCCUUGGUGACCAAGACGCUGAACAUCCACUGGGAAAACCUGAUGGUGGGCGAGACAGAGGGCGACAACGAGAUGCAGAGCUGGGGCCCCGGCUCCGUGGUGACCAGCGCACUGACUGUCCAUGGGGAGAACCAGACGUUGGGGACUGUGAACUGCUCGGUGGCAAACCCUUACGGGUUACCUCCCUCAAAGAUGGAAUUGAAGGUUCUGGUUGACGGCGGCAAGGGAAAUGCUCCUCCCUCAGAUCCCGGAUUCUCACAGAAGAUCACCAUAGUCCCUUUCGCUGCAGUGGGAGGUGCCGUGUUGGUUAUCAUCUUGUUCACUGUUUGUGUCAUUGUUAAGCAGCGCCGGAGAUCUGACAAAACUUCUCUGGAAGCAAAGGAUGGGCUUGAAAUGACGUCGGGGAAGGAGAACAAGGAGGGCAAGAAAUAUGGAUCGGAGUACGACCAGCAGACUGCCAGGCGUCAGAAGAGGGUGUUUGAAGACCGGGACACCAGGUCAAGACAGCACCAGAUUCAAUACCCUGCCAUUUACGAGAACACUGAUACGGAUGGUAGUGAGGUUUAUGCAAAUCUACAAUGACUGAGAAUUGGGAUUAGAAUCUGCAAAGAGAGGAGAAGAAUGACCCAAAGCAUUAGUCGAUCAAUUUAUCAUUUUAUUUCCUUCCAUCAGCUCUCCGACGUGCUAGAAAAAGCAAUCCAAGUAGUCCAACCUCUGCUUUUCGCACAAACCCUCUAAUGCAGGCAAUAUCCUGUUAAACCUCUUCUGCUCCCUGUCCCCACCUGUAAUGGGGCAACCACACCCCAUACCCCCUGUAAUGGGGCAACCGGACCUGCACACAAUACUCUAAAUAUGGCCUGACCAAAGUUUUAUACAGUUGCAACAUGACUUGCUAAUGUUUAUAUUCAGUGCUCCGCACGCCGUCUGAUUUCUUUAUCACUGUGGCCACUUGUGUUGCAGCUUUCAGGGAGCUUCUGACUUUCUGAUGGAAAUUUUGUUUGUGGUUUUUGCAAUGUCAUUUUUGUACUCCCUGUAAUACACUCAGUGGAUACGUUAUUAGCUACCCCUGUACACCUGCUCUUUAAUGCUAAUAUCUAACCAGCUAAUCAUGUGGUAGCGAGUGAAUGCAUAAAAGCAUGCAGCCACGACCAAGAGGUUCACUUGUUGUUUAGACUAACCUUCAGAAAUGGAAACGAAUGUGAUCUACUUUGCCUUGACUGUGUUAUGAUUGUUGGUGUCAGGCGGGAUGGUUUGAUUAUCUCAGAGGCUGCUGAUCUCCAAAGAUUUUUCACACACAACGGUCUCUGAAAUUUACACAGAAUGGUGCGAAAAGAAAACAUCCAGGCUGCGGUAGUUCUGUGGGCGUAAAAGCCUCGUUAAUGAGGGAAGAAUGGCCAGACCGGCUCAAGGUAACAGGAAGGCGGCAUCAACUCAGUUGAACACACGUUACAGAGUGGUGUGUGGAAGACCAUCUCUUAACGCACAGUGCGUCCAACCUUGGAUUGCACGGGCUAUAUCAACAGAAGACCACGAACGUGCGGAAUUACAUUCCAUUGCACUUUAUUAGAUGCUAUCGAGCGUACAUGGACUAAAGUAUGCAUAAGAAGAAGGUUCAGUUUCUUGUUAAUUUUCAACGUGAUCAGUGGCGACUCCGGUUGGUAGAUUUCAAACAGAGUGGUCUGAGGAGCUGCUGAGAUGUAACAACCCGUUCAUUGUGGGACGAGCGGACACGGAUGAUGUUUCACUGAGGGCCAGAGGAACAGUGAUAGGGUUCGAAAUGCCCACAUCGCAAGAUAAGGAAAGAGAUUAAAGGUGAUUUUUCCUUGGUAUAUAUGCUAACAUAAAAUGGAAGUCUACAAGACAAAAUGGUGUAGGUUUGGAGUAGGUUUGUUUUGAGUAGGUACAAGAAAACUACCGUAGAACAAGCAGCACGGUACUGCAGUGGUUAUCACACGCUUUACAGUUCCCGCCACUGCCUGUACAUUUUCUCCGUGAUCCCCUGGGUUUCCUCUGAGUCCGGUUUCCUCCUAAAGUCCAAAGAUGAACCGGUUGGUAGGUUGAUUUGUCAUAAUAAGCUGUCCCAUGCUUAGGCUCGGAUUAAAUCAGGGGAUUGCUGUGCUCGAAGGGCCGGGAGUAAAUAAGUAAAUAACUUAAAAAAAUUAAAAAAAAACACUCCGCAAGAAUGUUUUGAGAACCCUCAAGCCUACAGAAUUAAUAGUGGAGAUUGGUGAAAAAACAGGUUUGUCUGAGGAAGAUGAGAUCGUUGUGCAGGCGCAGGUACCAAAUACGGGAAAGUGCUGGGGUGAUAAUUAUGCUUUGAAGGAAUCUAAAGAGUCUAAAAAAGGGCACUUCUUUUGCGCAGGGAGAGAGCGUUGUAUUAGACUAGGUCAGGACAGGGACAAGUAUGUCGAGCGGGGUUAGAGUAUGUUGAGUCAGAGUUAGAGAGGGAGAGAAGGCUGUCGCUCGCUCAGUGGAUAAUGAACAGUAUUUUGAUUUCUGUACUGCUACUACUGUAGACACUUGUUUUUCUUUUUUAUUUGAAGUAAUGCUAUUUCUAAU